AUGUCUGGAAAACGCGACUGGUCUCCCUGCAUGAGAAAACGAAGCGCUCCCGUGUUGUGCGCGCUAGGUGCAGUCUUGCUAUGUUGCCUUCAGAGCAGCGCCUCCAUCUCUGACGCAGUCCCGGAGUUCACUGAGGAGCCGGGAUCGGUGGUGCAGAAACUGGGAGGCAGCGUGAGUCUACGAUGCGCCGCCCGUCCAGCGUCCGCCGCUAUUAGCUGGCGCCUGAACGGAAAGACGCUCGAGGACGGAGACCUCGGCGUGGAGCUUGGGCCCAGAGGCUUGUUCAUCGCCACGCUGUCCAACAUAACGUUGGGCCGAUACCAGUGUGUGGCCAGCACCGGGAUUGGGGCCUUGGCCAGCGUGCCCGCUGACGUCACCGCAGCUAAGCUUCGCGAUUUCGAACCCGACGACCAGCAAGAGAUUGAAGUGGACGAAGGCAACACGGCCGUCAUCGAGUGUCACCUCCCAGAAAGCCAACCCAAGGCGCAAGUCCGUUAUAGCGUCAAGCAGGAAUGGUUGGAAACAUCUAAAGGGAACUACCUCAUCAUGCCGUCAGGGAACCUGCAGAUCGCCAACGCCACACGGGACGACGAGGGACCGUACAAAUGCGCCGCUUACAACCCCAUCACCCAGGAAGUUAAGACGUCAUCCUCGGCCGACCGUCUGCGCAUACGCCGCUCCACGUCGGAAGCUGCACGAAUCAUCUACCCGCCAGCGUCCCGCUCCAUUAUGGUGACGCGGGGCCAGCGACUGGUGCUGGAGUGCGUGGCGAGCGGCAUCCCAACGCCACACGUGACUUGGGCGAAGGACGGCGAGGAUCUGCGCAUCCACAAUAACACCCGAUUCCUGCUCAGUAACCUGUUGAUCGACGCCGCCGCUGAGGGAGACUCGGGAACGUACGCCUGUCGGGCCGAUAACGGCAUCGGCGCCGCGGUCGCCGCUAUUGUGCUCUACGACGUGCAAGUGUUUGAACCUCCUCAAGUUGCCGUCGAGCUUCAACAGCAGGAGGCGGCGUUGGGCGAAACAGUGCGUUUCACCUGCCAGGCGCGUGGCAAGCCCUCCCCUACCGUCACCUGGCUUCACAACGCCGUCCCCCUUUUGCCAUCGCCCCGACAUCGGGUUACGUCGCGGAUGCUGCGCGUCUCCAACGUGGGCCCUCAAGAUGAAGGAUUGUACCAGUGCAUGGCAGAAAACGGGGUUGGCAGCUCACAGGCGUCUGCUAGACUCAUUGCUGUGUCCGCUGGUAUUCCACCCAGAACCAAGCUGCCGACCAUGUUUCGUCCGCUCAGUCCGGAUAAAGUUCUGAGGGAACAGCCGCCCGUCAGACCCGGCUCGUCGGGGGCCAUGUUGCCUUUGGACUGCGCGGCGAUACCGGGUCAAAUUCUACCCGCAGAAGCACCAAUCAUCCUCAGCCAACCUCGCACGGGCAAAGCCGACUACUACGAGCUAACGUGGAGGCCGCGACAUGAACGUGGGGCGCCCGUGUUGGAGUACAUGAUCAAGUACAGAAAGGUUGGAAACCCAUCAGUCGAGUGGACGUCCAGCAGCAUUUCGGGAUCCCUUCACAAACUAACGUUAGCCAAGCUACAACCGGACAGCCUGUACGAAGUAGAAAUGGCCGCCAAGAACUGCGCCGGCUUGGGUCAGCCAGCCAUGAUGACCUUCAGGACGGGAAAAGGUCGUAAAGGCUUAGGCGGUCAUAACGAUUUGCCUAAAACUCCUGCAGUUCCAUCGCCAAGCCUUUCGCCUCCUGAAGCACCGGACAAACCGACUGUUUCCACGGCGACGGAAACAUCGGCGUACGUGACGUGGAUCCCGCGCGGGAACCGCGGCUUCCCUAUCCAGUCCUUCCGCGUAGAAUAUAAGAAGGUGAAAAAAGCCGGGGAGGACUGGGUGACGGCGGUGGAGAACAUCCCACCGUCGCGGCUUUCAGUGGAGAUUACGGGACUGGAAAAAGGGACGUCUUACAAGUUCCGAGUGGUGGCAGUCAACGUGAUCGGGUCCAGCCCGCCGAGCGCCCCAUCGAAGGCUUACACGGUGGUGGGCGGGAGGACCCACGAACGCCCUGUGGACGGACCCUACAUCACCUAUAAUGAAGCCAUCAAUGAGACCACCAUUGUUCUCAAGUGGACGUACACACCAGUGAACAACACCCCCAUCUUCGGCUUCUACAUCUACUACCGUCCGACGGACAGCGAUAACGACAGCGACUACAAGAAGGACGUGGUGGAGGGCAACCGCUACUGGCACUCCAUCAACGACCUGCAGCCCGAGACGGCCUACGACAUCAAGAUGCAGAGCUUCAACGAGAAGGGCGAGAGCGACUUCGGCAACGUGGUCAUCCUGGAGACCAAGGCUCGCCCCCACCACCACCGGCCCGCCCCCUCCGAGGGACCCCGUCACGAGACGGGGCGGGGCUCGAGCGGACCCGUGUCCCGCCCCGGAGACCGGCCUUACCUCAUCGUGCUUGUGGUCCUGGGGGCCUUCGUCUUCAUCAUUGUAGCGUUCAUCCCCUUCUGUCUAUGGAGGGCCUGGGCCAAGCAGAAGCAAACAUCAGAUAUGUGCUUCCCAGCGGUGACCGCCCCGGUAUCGUCGUCGUGCCAGUACACCAUGGUUCCCCUGCAGGGUCUGGCCUUGGUGGGGCACUGCCCUGCCGACGCCCGCCAGCCACUCCCGCACGCUCUUUACCCUCUCGACGGGGACUACGGGCACAAAGCCCGCCACAUACACGAGAGGCCGCCCCUCGACGCACGCACGGAGGCCGACCGCGACGUGGAGCGACACUCGUUGUUAGCGCGCCAACUUGCCGACGAGCACCGUGUAUUUGAAGGGGAUCAAGGUGGUCACGAACAGAAGUCGGUCAACGAAACCUCACGUGACGAAAACGAGGCGGGGGAGGAGCUGUCGCAUAUCACGGUGUCUUUCCCACCCGUCUUAUCGUUAGAAGACGAAGGAAUUUUCACCUCAUCAUCGUCUUCUCCGACACCCGCGCCGCCGCCAUCCCGAGACGUUCACCAAGACGACGUCCCGUCCGCGUAA